CGAACUACGAAGCCGAGCCCUGCCAAUGCGCGAUGAUUAUCCUCGGAUCACUGCAAGCGUGGCUCUAGUGGCGAAGGAAAAUGAUCGCGAAUCUUCAUUUACCUUCCUCUCUAUCUCUCACUAUCCCCUCGCCAACGAAGUCGCGUACUGUUCGGACGUUAUCCAAGACGGUGUCGUCUCGUCUCUCUCUCCGACCUUCUGUAUUACCAAUAUCAGCCGGCCCCAGGGGAUGCAUUGCCGAAAUUCAUUCGAAAUCUUUAAAUUUUGUGCUGUCAGGAGCCCUCGCACUCGGAUUAUUUCUCGGAGGAAUUGGACUGGCUGAGGCAAAAGUUGGCGUGAACAAGCCAGAGUUGCUCCCUAAGGAGUUUAGUACUGUCAUUGAUGUUGCCGGCUUCCUCUCUGAUGGCCAGGAAAAGAGACUGGCUCAAGAGAUAGCUUCUCUUGAAAAGGAUACAGGAUUCAAGUUGAGAGUUUUGGCUCAAAACUACCCUGAAACACCAGGCUUGGCAAUUAAAGACUUUUGGCAGGUGGAUGACAGAACUAUUGUCUUUGUGGCUGAUCCCACAUUUGGGAAUAUAUUGAAUUUCAAUGUUGGCGCUACAGUAGAUUUGGACAUCCCUCGUAGUUUUUGGAGCCGCUUAGCUGGCACGUAUGGCAACAUCUUCUAUUGGAAAGAGAAGCAGGGAGAGGAUGCAUCCAUUGAAGCAGCUGUGGCGGCAAUUUCUAGUUGCUUGAGAGAGCCAGUGGGGCCAAAUAAUUGCUCAGAGGUGAAAUAAUUCUACCAUGGACUAACGAGGAAGCAUUCUCUGCCAAUUUGAUGCGUCAAGACAAGACUUUUUGGCCAGCAUGUUGCCCUUCCUAGGUUGGGCAGCUAUGACUUAUAAGUUAAAACUACGAGAGGAAAUUUGCAUUAUGUUUUAUUCACAUUGAGCAUAAUGAAAUUAUGUAUCUACUGGUUAAUACGUAUGGAGUCAUGGAAAGUCUUUUUGUUGCACAAAUAUGAGAGAUAUCCUGACGGACUGAGAAUCAAAUGGCCUGUUAUGCAGUCUAUGUGCCUAGUUAAGUUUUAUUGGUGGAACAGAGCUGUAGACGGAAAGUCAUAUUGAAUUUUAUCUUCUAGAAAAGCGUUCACUGGUGAGUAUUUGGACGAAGGCCUUGGACUUUGGAGUUCUUUUUUUCCCCCUUGACAAACAGGCCUCGGAGUUCAGAGGAAGCUAGAUUGUUGAAUUUGAGAUUUUGAGCCCUUAGGCGAGCAUAUGUUUGAUAUAGUGCGUUGAGGUGCAAUU